AUAGGCAAGUUUCAUAAGUUUAUGCUACUCCCCCACACUUAGCUUCCAUGAUAUUGAAGCAGAAUUUACAGAAUUGCACUAGGUGGCAUCAAUUGAUUUAGAGGAUCGCGAUAAUAUAUAGAACAACUUAGCUACAUUUCAGGACCUCCUUUUGAAGCAACACAAUAGCUGAGUAGGGAAGAUGGAAACAAAAGGACUUGCUGCAAAGGAUAUAAUUUACAAGCUAUUUAACAGGGCGAAGCCCUUUGCUGCUGUAAUUUUUUUGCAAUUUGGGCUUUCAGGAAUGGAUAUCCUCUCAAAAGUUGCACUCAAUGAAGGGAUGAGCAAUUAUGUAUUUGUGGUCUACCGCCAUGCCAUUGCCACGGCUCUUAUUGCCCCUUUUGCCAUCAUACUGGACAAGAAAAUAAGGCCGAAGAUGAGACUCUCAAUAUUUGCAAAGAUCCUGGUUCUCAGCCUACUCGAACCAGUUAUAGACCAGAAUCUCUACUUUUUGGGCAUGAAAUACACCACAGCGACCUUUGCUGCAGCCAUGUGCAACAUUCUUCCUGCCAUAACCUUUCUGAUGGCCUGGAUCUUCAGGCUUGAGAAGGUGAAAUUAAAGAGCAUUAACAGCCAAGCAAAGAUAGUUGGCACUGUUGCCACCGUUGGAGGUGCCAUGCUCAUGACACUACUUAGAGGACCAGUUAUUAAGCUGCCCUGGACAAAAGGAACCACCAGUCCUGAACAUCAAAGUGGUGGUAUAAAUCUUCAAAAUUCAAUCAAGGGCGGACUCUUUAUCACAAUUGGAUGUUUCGGUUGGUCUUGCUUCAUGGUUUUACAAGCAAUUACACUUCGGGCAUAUCCAGCUGAGCUCUCUCUCACUGCUUGGAUAUGCCUACUGGGAACAGCUGAAGGAGCCAUACUGGCACUAAUAAUGGAGAGGGGAAAGGCUGCAGUGUGGUCCAUAAACUGGGAUACUAAAUUUCUUGCAGCUUUAUACAGCGGUGUUUUCUGCUCUGGACUUGCUUAUUAUAUCCAAGGAGUAGUCAUGAAACAAAGAGGCCCUGUUUUUGUGACAGCUUUUAGUCCUUUGAACAUGGUUAUUGUGGCUGUCUUAAGCUCUUUCAUUCUGCAUGAGCUAAUGGAUCUGGGAAGGGUGCUUGGAGCCAUUACCAUAGUUGUUGGCCUUUAUCUUGUUGUAUGGGGUAAAAGAAAGGACUAUGAUUGCCCGUCUAUUGAAGGACUUCCAACAGACAUUCAAAUGAUGAGUGCAGAUACCAAGUGCAAGGAAAACAAUAAUCAUGAGGUUGUCAACAUUAAUUCAUCCAAAGAAGGAGCUGUCACUGGAGAUGAAGUAUAAUGACAAUGGUUCUCAGAUUCUAUAUAGUCAUUCUGAAAGUUGCUUUAACUCCAUGUGAAACAGUAGACUUCUUUUCUGUACCCCCUGUUCAUGAUGACUCCAGGGAAAGGUAGAGUAUAUUCUAAUUGUAAUGCGACUAAAGCCAGUCUAACAUAAUGACGGCAUAUGUGGUGUAGAGUCACUUGACCACUGCAAUGUUUUUUAAUGUCAAUUAUCAUAAGACAUUUACCCCAGAUAAGGAUAUGUGGGUGAGUAAUUGACAUGUUAUAUUUCUUGACAAGCAUGCAUUUGAGGACACCAGUCAGCUUGUGGAAUUGUGAACACUCUACAUGCUGACAGAACUUGGCAUCUAACAAUUUUAUCCAAGACCAUGGCAAUUGGGUACUUGAAAAUGUGGUAUUUGUCCCAGCUUUGUUCUUCAAUACCUAGAUAUGUACCCUAAACAUCAACCUCUCUUGUAACAUAUUUUGAGGAGAAAUAGAUGUUGAAACUCAUAAGAGGGAC